AUGGCGCCUCUACUCCUCAAAGUCAAAGGCAACAAGUCUUUCAGCCCCUUUUCCAACCUCACCGACCAGGACUCGCUCACGCGGACAUGGCGGGUAUGCACCAAGGUCGCCGCCCACCUCGAGCAGGGGCAGCGCCUCGAGAACCUCAGCUGGAGGCUCUGGUACCUGCACGACCUCAUGGUCGAGAACGACGACAACAAGAGCAAGCGGGACUUUAAGCGCCUCUCGCGGUCCACGGGCGAGAAGCUCGACCGCGACAAGGGUCGCUCCAUCGAGCAGCUCACUGCGCCCGGCUUCCGCAGGACCGACUCGGGCGAUGCGGUGCGCCGCAAGGCCGCCGAGAGGGAGAAGCUGCGUGCCCUCGCCGUCGCCAAGCUGCAGGGCAAGUUCAAGGGCAAGCAGACCAUGAAGGACAUGCAGUACACCUUUGCGGUCGAUCCGAAGGUCAACUUCAAGAGGACGAGCGUCAGCGAAGGAACUGGCGAGAUCGCUGCGCCUUCCUCAGCCCCCGAUUCUGCGGCAGCUCCCGCUGUCUCGCUCCCACAAGACGCCCGAGGCGCCCCUGAGCAGGUUGAGCCCGUUGCUGCGCCAGCGCCACCAUCGGUCGACCUCAGCCAUGACGGCAGCGGCAGCGCGAUGGACUCUGCCAUGGACAUCGCCAUGGCCGAUGCCGAUGCAGAACAGGCGGCCAUGCAGCACCCUUUCGAUGCGAUGCCGGACCAGAGCUCUUACUUCUCUUCGAUGGGCUUCGGCUACAACCUCGCCGACAUCGAGGCAGCGGAGCGCGAGCUCCUUGCCAACCAGAUCGACCUAAACGCGCCCCUCGAGACGCUGCUUGCCGGGCUCGAAGGCGUAGAGGACGUCCAGAUGGACCUUUCCGACAUGGGACUUGCUGCUGGCGCUCAGCUGCCCAGCUUCAACGCACCGUUCGACACGACGACGCGGCAGACGUACGUGUCGUUCGCGGUCCCGCCGGUCGCCGAGGACACUUCCGCAGCGCCGCGCAGCCGCACGUCUGCGGUGGCGCCUUCGAAGCAGAAGGUGACGAAAAAGCAGCGAAAGACGGACCCGCAGCAGCAGAAAAUUGCCGCCGAGCUGGUCCGCAAAAAGGCAGAGGAGGUCCGCACCGCUCGCAAGCUGGCAGACGCCACGCAGCGGACGCACAUUCACGGCGGCAGCGGGCACGACGGCCUACUGGAGGGACAGCGGCUCGGAUCGUCGGGCGCGAGCGGCAGCGGCAGCGGCAACGGCAACGGCGAUGUCGGAGGCGCCCCCAUGCAGUGGGCGCUGCCGGGCCAAGGACCGACGCAUGCUCCGCAUCAAACCGGCUGGCCUUCGCAAGGGCCGUCGGCGUACAGUCAGGUCCAGUCGCAGCCGCUCGGUAGCAUGCAGCCUGGCGCCUUUGGAGGCGGCUUCGCUAGCCUGAGUGCCAUGGCGUCUGCCACCGAGAGCGCCCACAGCUUUGACCACGCCGGCACUGCACCGCUGCAGAUAUCCACCUCAUUCCCCUCGACCGCCAGCGGCUCUACCGGCGGGUUCACUGGGACCUCGACCUCGACCCCAUCGACACCGCUGUUCGUCGACAAGUCCGGUUUCCCUCCAGUCCAAGGGUGCAGCUGGGGCAUCGACUCACUCUCGGCUCCGACUUCGCCGACAUCGCGCCCGGCCUUGGCCAACUUCGGGCGAUCUGGGUCGAGCCCCGGUCCAUCAACCACGUCCGGCUCAGCACCUGCAACGGUGGCCAAGCGGCACUCGACAGACGGCGUGGAUCAGGUGGCCAAGCCGCGCGGUCGUGGCCGGCGUAGCCUGAUUGGACCCAACGCAUUCACUGCGAUCCACCCCGGCGGGGCGGGCGCCGGUUCCGCGGCGGAUCGAAAGUCGUCGAGCAGCGACUCGCAGCCCGCUGCCGCGCAAUGCACGAACUGCGGUGCCACCUCGACGCCGCUGUGGAGGCGCGACCCGAACGAUCUGCUGCUGUGCAAUGCGUGCGGCCUCUACCUCAAGCUGCACAAGACUCCACGGCCCAAGAGUCUCAAGAACAACCAUCACAGCCACUCGCACUCAGGCCACGCCACGCCUUCGGCCACACCCGGAGGUGCCUCUGCGCCCGGGUCACGCAAUGUCUCGCCCUCACGAGCCGGCUCUCCGAGCGAGGACAUGAUGUCGUGCCACAACUGCGGCACUUUUACGACACCGCUAUGGCGCAAGGACGAUGCCGGCCACACCGUCUGCAACGCCUGCGGCCUCUAUCUCAAGCUGCACCACGAGCACCGUCCGGCCACGAUGCGCGCCGACGUUAUCAAGAAGCGCUCGCGGUACGACGAGAAGCGCGGGCGAGCCUCGGCCGCCUCUUCGCGUCGCAGCUCUCCGCAGCCCAGCGGCGCCAGCGGUCCCAGCGGCGACUCGACCUUGGGCAACGCGUCCAGCUCAGCUCCGGCCUUGGUCUCAGGCGUCGCACAUCAGCCAUCUACGACACCCGAUGGGGUGAAGACGGAACCAUCUGAAUCUGGGUCUGGCGCCGCCGUGCGAGCGCAGGGAUUUGGCGCCGAUGGACAGGUGCAUCAACAGCAAGCGCAGCAGCAGCAGCCGCAACAACAGCAAUCGCAGCAACAGCAACCGCAACAGCAAGGUCCAGCCAUGGCAUUUCCGUUCCAGCCUCAGGCAAAGAUGGAACAGGGACCGGCGGGCGCGGGGGCGGGACCUCCUCUUGGCGCUCCAUCGGCUCCGGCCGAGGCGUCUGCCCGCUGGCCACCGAUGCCGUUCUCGAUGGGCGGCCCGGGGUCCGGUCCUGCUGGGAUGGGCGAAGGAGCGAUUGGCGCGAAUACACCCAACGCCUUCGCUGCCAUCAUGGCGCAAUUCGGCCUUGGGCUUGCAAACCUCUCUCAGUCGCCGCAAUCGUCGGAUGUGCCGGCGUACCAGGCUUCCAAUGGUAGCGCAUCGACAUUGCCGACGGAUUGGUCGACGAUGCAGGCGGUCAUGCAAGGUCAGCAAGCGCUCUUGGCCGCGCAGAAUGCGUUGGGCCAGCACCAACUGCAGCAGCAGGAGCAGCUCCGACAGCAACUACGGCAGCAGGAGCUGGAGCAGCGGCAGCAUGGCGCCAGCCACAUGCCGAAUGAAUCGGGCCCGCUUGCGUCUGCUCCCGUCUUCGGCGCAUCACAACGACAUGGCGACGCUGCUCCAUCUUCGGCGAUGUCCGCCUACCCGCCCACGUCGACUGGCGCCGCCGGCACGCCCAGCUCGGCGAUGGCGGCGGCCAACUAUGCCAUGCCGCAGUUCGGCUCGUUUGGCGAAUCUCCUGCGACAACAACGUCCGAUGCCGGCGUCGACGCGGCAGCGACGGCGGCAGCGCCAAGGAGCGCCAGCGGCGACUCUGCAGAGGUCAGCGUCAACGCCGACACGCCGCAGGCGGGUAGCUGGUGGUAA